UUCACUCUGUAAUACUAUAAGGUCAACGUUAUGUUUUAGUGCUCAAGCGAUUUUAAAUAAAGUGCCUCUUUUUCUUAGCGCGCACUCGUCUGUCGAGCAGGCGUACACAAGUCGUAUUUAAAUGCUCCGAUAAAGAAAGUAAAAACAUUAUAGGAUGGCGUCCAAACGGACGCUCAAAGGAACAACGCCAGGGAAGAAGCCAGAGGAAAAGAGGUACAGCCAGUUUCCAAGAGACUCUGUUAGCUUGUUCGCCGAGUCCAACGGAAUAACCGGUGUAUCCGAUCAAGCCCUCAGCCUACUCACGGAAGAUGUCAAUUACAGGCUUCGUGAGCUAGCCCAGCACUGUGGCCAAUUCAUGCGGCAUGCUAAAAGGCGAAAGCUGACUUGCAACGAUAUUGAACGCGCACUACGUUGGAGUGAUUCACAGCCAUCUUACGGAUGCAGCGGAGACGAUCCACUUCCAUUUCGGCACGUCCGAGAGGCAUGAUGUGUUCUGCACUGACGACAGCAUGGUGGAUCUGGCGGAUGAAUUGGAGUCACCCCUUCAGCUUGACCUGCCACCAGAACCAAGUGUCCAUGGGCGCUGGUUGGUGGUGGAAGGCGUGUCACUUGAGCCGGACCCCGACAAGCCUACGCCUGCAGUCCAAGAAACGGACGGCAGCAAAGGUGUGCACACAGACGUCAAUGCCAGCCACAUGCAGUACUACGAGGAGAUCACCAAGGCCCUGCUGGGCAGUGACAAGCAACUUGUCGAUGUUGCCUUGGAGGAUCUGGCCAGCAAUCCUUGCCUGAGUCCUCUGCUGCCAUAUUUGGUGCAUUUUGUCUCUCUUGGGGUUCGCAAGCUUAGUCAUGACCUUGCCAGCCUGGACCGGUUGCUGCACGCCAUUGAUGCCUUGGCCCAAAACGCUUCACUAAAUUUGGACACCCUGCCCUACCCGACAAUGGUGGUGCAAGCACUUCUAUUCUGCCUGCUGGAGCCACUGGCAGCUGCCAUCAACCCAGCCAAUGACCACUGGGCAUUGAGGGACAAUGCGGCUCAGCUGCUUGCUGCCUUGCUCAGGUUUUGGGCCGACCGCGUGGCAGGUCUCGAAAACCAAGUGUUGGAUGCACUGGGGGAGUGCGUGAGAGACCCCUCAUUGAGGCCUCUGUGCGCCCAGUAUGGAGCUGUGUCGGGACUGACUGCACUGGGUGUGGAGGCACUGCAGCAGGUUCUGGGGCCGCAUCUGGUAGCCUACUGGCGCCACCUGGAGGCUGUUCUCGCAGACUGCCGGCCAGCCAAUGCACAGGCCCAGGCAGACGCCACUCGAGUCCAUGGGGCACUCCUGUUGGCAGCUGAGAAGCUGGUGAAGGAGCAACGUCGUGAGAUGGCUCGAAGUGAAUCGCCCGGGGCCUCGUACGACCUCCUCUAUGACUGCUUCGGGGACGCCCUGGCCUCAAGGCUGCCUCUGCUGUACGGAGUGGCCCAGCUCCUCUACACACCACGACAGGCCCCAUUAAAAGCAGGUGGACGGGGCAGCCCCACGGGAGAGCAGUUGCUCGAGGCCUUCUACGAGGAAGAACGCAGCCCCUCUGCAGCCGAAGAGGACAACAACUCGGAGGAGAGCAACCUCAGUGGGCCUUCACCUAACAUCCACCCCCAGGUGAAGAGCACCAUAUCGGACCCUGCAAGAGGAAUCCGCCUGACCAUUGCAUUACGGAGGCCACCCAGUGAAUCGAAGCAGCCGCGCAAGAAGCGCCCACCAGGGGCAAGUCCACACCGUGAGCCCCCCUUUGAGGGGGUUCCCUGGACACCCGUGCCGCGUCGAGCCGCCAUCAAUAUCUGCUUUGAAGGUGCAACACCAGUGGUGCGUCCGACACCAGAGCCGCCAACACCAGUAGAGGGCGAGUGGCGCACGAGCCAGCUGAGUCGGCGCAUGGGACGGGUGGGGCGGGGAGCGCGGAGACGGAGAGCAUACCGGGACAGACACACUGGUGCCGGCAUCGAUGCAAUACUCUGAGAGCAGCAUCAAUAGGGUACGCUCAAAAGGUUCUGAUCGCUGCUGAGCUGCAUUGUCAGUGCCCACUAAUGUGGCUAAAUAGCUGCUGUAUUUUGCUGCUGAACGCAAGGUCACAGGUUUUGAUUCCUGGCUGUAGUGGUCUUAUGGCAGUGGAAUUCAGUGUAUGAAACAGUGAGUGCAUGUUAAGGGGGCAUUACUUUUUACGGAUGAAACAUAUGCAUACCCCCCAAAAUAUUUAUUUUCUAUCUAAAUGUGCUAAGCACAUAGACAAUAAGCAUAAUAAAAAAAUAUUGCUUGCGGAAGCUUUUCAACGGGGGACACCAAGUAGAAAACUGUAAGUGGGCUUCACCCCAAGCCACCUUUGCUCUCAUUUGGAAUUUGUACAGACAGUUCUCAUCACGUUGGUGAUGCCACUACAGCUGGAGAUCUUGCAUAGGUCCAUCUCUUGUGACCAUGCUUUCAAAGAAAGCAUGUUGUGGGCAAAAUUUCUUCCACGUACUGCAUUUCUGCCUAUAAACCA